AUGGAAGGACUAACUAUAAAGAAUAGAACAAGUUUUCUUAUAGAUUCAUUAUUAAAUUCUAAUAGUAAAGAAUUAGGGGAUGUAGAAAAUACAGAAAAUGAAGAGGAAGAAAAAGAAUCAUUACAAAAUAUACCAAAAUUAGAAAAAGAAGUUCAUGAUAAUGAGGAAUGUUAUGUUAACAAAGAAUCUCCAUCAAUGACUAGGGGUUCUUUAACACCACCAGAAAUACCAACAUUUCCACAUUUAACAAUUCCUUCAAUAAUGAAUCAAACAACUAAUAAUAAUUUUUUAAUAAAAAUUAUUGAAAAUUCUCAACAAAUACAGGCUGCACAGUUGGCUCAUAUGAAUACAAGAUUUCGCCUAAUGUCACAAGCUGCUGUAAUGGCAAAUUCAAUGAAUCAUCUACCAAAACCAUUUACAACACCCUUUUUAACAACAACACCAACAACAUUUCAUUUACCUAAUAUAUUUAAUAUGAAAAAUCUUCUAAUGAGAGAUAAAAAUAAUGGUAAUAAUGGAACAUUAAGAAGUCAUCCUUCCACUUCAUAUUCUUCAAAUAAUGUCAAAAAAUAUAAAUGUGAUGUAUGUGAGAAAACAUUCUCUAGAAGUAAUACAUUAAUAACACAUAAAAGAAUUCAUACAGGUGAAAAACCAUUCUGUUGCGAACACUGUGGUCGGGCAUUUAGACAACCAGGAAAUUUAACACGCCAUCGUCUUACUCAUACAACUGUCAAACCUUUUAUUUGCCAGGAAUGUGGAAAAGCUUUCAAUCGGUUAUCCAAUUUGAAGCAACAUAUGACAACACAUCUUAAUAAGUUGUAUGUUAAAUAA